AGUUGUAAACGUCAAAAUAUUUGCGAUCGUCGGCAUUGUUCCGUAAUUUUGCUGCAGAAAAUAGAAUUUGGUUGACCUGUUUUUAAGUAUCACGUAAUUUACGAAGUGAUUCAGCUAUGAGCCAACCAACAGUGGAGGAGAAGAUGGACAUUGAUAAUGAAGCACAAACUAUGGCCUCAUCUACUUCCAGCGCAGGAGCUGCUGCACCAUCAGGUACACCGGCAACUUUACCUCUCAGUAAGACUCAAUCAGGCGAGUCACGUAACGUUAUGGCCGGAAGUGCUACUGUUCCAUCCGUAACCUGUUCGCUACACCCAUUGGUUAUCAUGAAUAUUUCCGACCACUGGACACGAAUCCGAGCCCAGAAAGGUUUCAAAUCACAGGUUUUUGGUGCUUUGAUAGGAAAACAAAAAGGAAGAAAUAUUGAGGUGAUGAAUUCUUUUGAAUUGAAAUUCGAGGUAGUGAACGACGAAGUACACAUUUUAAUGGAUUACUACAACGUAAAAGAGCAGCAAUAUAAGCAAGUGUUCAGUGAUUUGGAUUUUCUCGGCUGGUACACAACCGGCUCCAUACCAUCCGAGAAGCAUAUAAAUAUUCAUAAACAAAUCUGCCAGAUAAACGAGUGUCCGAUUAUGCUACUAUUGGAUCCAACUAGUCGUAAUAUGAAUCAGCUGCCGAUAUCGCUCUAUGAAUCCGUGAUCGAUAUAGUCCAGGGUGAUGCGGUGAUGUUGUUUGUUCCACUGACGUAUACCUUGGCAACUGAGGAAGCGGAGAGAAUUGGUGUUGACCAUGUCGCUCGAAUGUCAACCAACGAUUCGGACGAGAACUCUAGUGUCGCAGAACAUUUACUCGCUCAGCACAAUGCCAUCAAAAUGCUGCACUCCAGAGUGAAAAUUGUUUUGGCAUAUAUAAAAGCCGUGGAAAGCGGUCAACUAGAAGUUAAUCAAGAAAUACUUCGGGGAGCAUUUUCCCUCAGUCGUCGACUCCCGGUGAUUCAAAAUCCGGCUUUUAAAGAGGAAUUUUAUACUCAAUCGAACGAUGUUGGUCUCAUUACUUAUCUGGGAGCAUUGACCAAAGUUUCUAAUGACAUGAAUCAACUAGUAAAUAAGUUCAACGUUCUGUACGAUCGUCAGGGCAUGGGACGAAGAAUGCGAGGAUUAUUUUUUUGAGUCUUCUAUAU